AUGUAUGUAAUUUUUCCAGCCGUGACAUUACUACUCCUUGCCAUUACCUGCGUCAGCGACAUCGAUAGCCGCGUCCCAUCCGAGACAGCCAUCGACGAGAAGGUAGAGGUCGAGCAUCAAGCGAGGGAGUACUACUACGGUGAAGAGGGUGAGGACAUCAGCAUAUCCAUCAGCAUAGACGAGGAGGAUGAAGAUGAGGGCUUUGAGGACAUCGAUGACAUAGGGGAUGAGAUAGACGAGGAAGAAAUUAUUGAUGAAAUCUUCGACUCUGACGAAUUUGAGGAAGAGGGAGACAUUGACAUCAGCAUAUCGAUAGAUGAGGACGACGAAGAAGGGUUUGAGGACUCAGAUGAAAUCUUUGAAGAAAUUUAUCGCUAA